AUGAUCCGACCCCAGAUUCUCGGCCUUAUCAUUCUGCUGGCCAUCUCUAUAUGUUGCAACGUGGAAGCGGCUCCCAGUGGCAGCAAGACCAAGGCUCAUAUGCUGAAGUUUGAGAACGGAAAUGGCUAUGCCUUCUAUUACGAGACGAUCGACGGCAUAUCGCGACAGGAGACGGCCGAGCUGAAGCAUGCUGGCACCGACUUGGAGGCCAUUGCGGUACAAGGCAGCAUCCACUGGGUGGAGCCCAAUGGCGUCCAUUACGAGCUCAGCUAUCUGGCGGACGAGAAUGGCUUUCAGCCACAAGCCAAGACUGAGCCGCCUCUAAAAUCUGAUCACUGA